GUACGGUCUGUGGGCACAACAUUAAAUAUUUGAGAAUGUGUAUAAAAUGCCUAACAAAUACUUCCUUAAAUUCAAAAAAAUAUAUUUUAACAGUUAUAAAUAUUUGGAAAAUUGUCACAAUAAUUAAUAUGAUUACACGGAAGAAAUAAGUGUAACCAAUUCAAUUGGUUCAUCUUCACAAGUGAAUAUUUUCAGUUUGAUGUGAAAACACUUAUUUUAUGUGAAGAAAUAAGAGUGCAAAAGAUUCUUUAAAUUACACCGCAUAAGUGAGUGCAUGUGGGAAAAAAUUGCACAACAAUCAUCAAGCAUACUCACGCAGGUACCUUUCUGAUGCAGAUGUAUUAAAAGUAAAAAUGCAGGGUGCUGAAAAUCCUGGAUUCCAAAAUGAGACCAAUCAUGAUUCUACCGGCGUUCCGGAAAUCGACGAAGCAUUGUCGUCAGUUCUACCCGAUCAAUUUGGAGAUGGACCAAGGAAGCAAGAAAUCCAAUCUGAUAUAGAGGGAAAUUCCGAUAACAAAUCGCAAAAGUUAAUGUGUGGCUGGCUGAGGUUUCGACCCGGAUAUUUACAAAAAUUUCGGACAGCAAAAUGGGCCCUUUUUUGGCUCUGUUGGGCUGGAGCUAUGCAAGGAUUGGUGGUAAAUGGACUAAUUAAUGUCGUAAUCACGACAAUAGAAAGGAGAUUUGGUUUGAGUUCUUCUCAAACUGGCCUAAUAGCAGGAGGAUAUGAUGUUGCCAGUUUUCUUUUGUUGAUUCCUGUUAGUUUUUUAGGAGGUCGUAUAAAUGCCUCCAAACCCAGGUAUAUAGGUGCGGGUUGUCUAGUCUUAGGUUUAGGCACUUUACUAUUUGCAGCACCUCAUUACUUAGCUGGUCCCUAUAGAGGGGGACAGACAGUAAAAAACACGUGUCACAUGACCAACUCAUCUCAAUCGACACCUUGUAGUGGCUCCGCCGAAGAAUUGGGACUAGAAUAUAGCGGGGUGUACUUAGCCUUUUUUUUGGUAGCACAACUUCUUCAUGGUUCAGGUGCUGCCCCAUUUUUCACACUUGGCGUCACAUAUCUUGACGAAAAUGUCUCGAAAAAGAUGUCAUCUGUUUACCUUGGAAUUUAUUACACAAUGGCUGUAAUUGGACCAGCGAUGGGUUACGUUAUUGGCGGUGAACUUUUAAAAAUUUACACAGAUUUUCCUACUGUGGAUCCUGCAUCAAUUGGGAUUACCCCGCAUAGUAAUGUAUGGAUUGGUGCUUGGUGGAUAGGAUUCUUAGGAUCUGCUGUUGUUUGCUUUAUCAUCGCGAUUCCACUUCUUGCUUUCCCAGCAAUUUUACCCGGAUCUGAGGAGCUGGCUAAAGAAAAGGUUUCUGAAGCUCAUGAAAAAUCAGCAAGAUCAACAAACACCUCCGGCGAGGCAUUUUCGAAAAUUCGCGAGUUACCUCGAGCAUUAACGGAAUUGCUCGGAAAUCCCGCAUUCUUCUUGCUAAAUUUAGCAGGCGCGAGCGAAGGAUUGCUGAUAGCUGGAUUUGCCGCUUUUCUCCCUAAAUUAAUAGAAAAUCAAUUCAGCGUUAGCGCCAGUUCCGCCGCUUUGUUAAUGGGUUUGGUAACAGUUCCGGCUGGUGGGGGUGGAACUUUUCUUGGAGGAUAUUUAAUAAAGCGUUUGAAACUGCCAUGUUCUGGAAUUUUGAAAUUCUGCCUUAUUAGCACUGCAUUUUGCAUAUUAUUUACAUCCUCCUUCGUUUUGAAUUGUCCAAAUUUGGACUUUGCCGGACUUACAGUGCCAUAUGAAAAACAAAUUGGAAAUGAAAUACUACAAGACAGUUCUUGCAAUAAAGUCUGUGGAUGUGUAGCUUCGCAAUUCAAUCCAAUUUGUGGGGUUGAUGGUGUCACGUAUUUUUCACCAUGUUUUGCUGGAUGCAGUGAAGAAGUUCAAUUGAAUGAUGUUAAGGUCUACACUGAUUGCCACUGCAUUUCCUCUCAAUCUUUAAAUUGGACAUCAACUUCCAGUGGAGAAGUUUUGGCUUAUGAUGCUACUAACACAACGUGUACCAGUUCUUGUUGGUACAUUUAUUUAUUCAUAGCCCUCUCGUUUGGAAACAUGUUUAUGACCUUCCUCUGUACAAUGCCUGCUUUAUCUGGCACUCUUCGUGUCGUACGAGAUGAUCAAAAAUCAUUUGCUCUCGGAAUUCAGUGGAUAAAAGUCCGAAUUUUGGGAACAAUACCAGCCCCUAUUAUUUUUGGGGCUCUCAUUGAUAAAACAUGCAUUCUUUGGCAUGACACCUGCGAAGGAAGGGGUGCCUGUUUAGUCUACGACAACUAUUACAUGAGUCGAUAUAUGUUUGCAUUGGCAUUCAUAGGAAAACUUGCAUCCCUUCUAUUUUUUUUCCUUGCUUGGUGGUUUUAUGUACCUCCAGGAAGUAAAAGAGUGAGUCCCGAAAAAAAUCAGGAUCAAGUGGCCACAAUACCAGUGCAAAUUCAACUUAAUCACGCACCAAUCGAUCCAUAGAUUUUAAUUUUCAAUUAUAAUUUGACGAAUUUAAUAUCUCUGUAUAUAAAGUAUUAUUUAUAUGUUUUAUGUAAUUAAUGUCCGUGGACCUCGACUGAAUAUUAGAUAUAGGUCCCAUAUAGCCCUCAACUGAAAAAUAAUGUUAGGUAAUAUAUUUAUUAUUAUAAUAUUUGUUCACAGUAAACUUUCAUUGUCGUAAUUGAAAUUAUAGUGUACUCCAUGAGAAAAUAGGUUUAUGUCACUUCUGUAUAAAUUAUUGUGAAAAGGUUUUCUGUUUUGACAUUGAAAGUAGAAGGAGAAAUUAAUUUUAUUUUUUGUAAAUAUAAAUCUUCGUGUAUAAAUUAUGAAAAAAAGAAAUUAUUGCAAAUAUUAAAAAGUUUUGUAAGUUAGGUUUUUAUUAAGAUGAUAUAGAAUUUUAUACUUCCCGGACAAUUAUGCAAAUUUUCUAUUUAAAAAUUUUGCAAUACAGUCUUUUUUCUCUUCACAGUCUUAUUCUUUUACGGGUGAGCGAAACUAAUCCAAAUUCUACUUUGCUGGCAUUUUUUUAUCAUACCAAGUCCCAGUGGUGAAUCCAGGAGGUGUUUUGAGGGGUUCACCCUCAAGGGCGAGGAUUUAAAUCCUCGCCCGAAAUAUUUUUCUGGGUUCGCCCCUGCGAAGUCCAAACAUCCAAACAGGAUGAGAUAUCAAACUGAAAGUUUCGGAAAAAUUAAAAAAAUGAAUUCAGGAACGCUUACGUACUAAUAAAUUUUUACAAAUAGAAAAAAUUAGAGUUUUUUGUAUCUGUGAAAAGGGUUAGUACAUAAACGUUCCUUAGUCCCUUCUCUUUAUUAGAUUAAUUUUUCAAACUUUCAGUUUGAUAUCUAAUUUCGUUCGAAAUUGGUGUUUAAAAAAAUGUCGGUAAGGUAGGAAUCGAAUAAGAGUCACAUGCUCUCAAGGAAAUUUCAAAAGUUACCUGAUUCCUACCUUACCGGCAUUUUUUGUGACAACUUACGUUCACACGAAAUGAGAUUUCAGUAGAGUUCUUAAAUUCCCGAUAAUUUAAGUUCAGGUUAUAUAACCGAGAAUAUGACAGAAUUUAGGAGAAUUCAAAAGAAUUUAAGAGAAUUUA